UGAUCAUAAAAUUAUAAAGCUAAAAUUAAAAAAUUUAAAUCUAUUUUUUUAAAUUGUUGCUUUCUUAAGUAAAAAAAUCUUUACAAUGCAUUUAAAAAGCAUAUUAAUCUUUUGUGCAUUAUGUUUUUUUACUGACACAAUGAGCGAAGGACUUAAUGCACUCCACAUACAAUCUUUCCAAGUAUUAGUACAAAAUUUUAAUAAUAAAGAAACAGUAGAAAAAGUUCUUAAGUAUUUUGGUAUUGAUAAAGAGUACAAUUAUAACUCUGAAGAUAAUACAUUCAUAAGAGCUUUCAAGAUUCUAAAUUUUGUGGCUGGAGUUGACAAGUUGAGCGAUAACACUAGGUUAGCAGAAAAACUGGAUAGAGAAAUGGUAGAAAAUAUCUCAACUCUGUUCAGUGAACUUGACAUAGAAAAAGAUGGUGUUAUAGAUGGUAGUCAAUACAAUGAAAUUCGUAAAAAAUGUCAUCACUAUGUUCAAAGAGGUGGUUUGAUUGAUGAUUGGAAAGAAAAUAUUAACCUUAAAAAACUUUACGAGUUAGGCGAUAUACUGCUCGAAUUAUUACAAUACAGAAAAAAAUUAAAUGGGAAUAUGUUUAGAAAAAUUCAUCGGAAUUGCAUUGUCAUGUUUAUUGAAAGUAUCAAAAAUGGCGUUAGUCCAAAGAAGAAAUAUGCAAAAUAUUUAGAUAACACUAUUUAUUUUUAUAUUCAAAAUCGUCCACGUGAAUGGUAUCUUUAAGUUUAUAUUACUCAUCAUAAAAUUACCAUUGAUAUGAUAGUACAAUACAAUUUUUCUCAAAUAAUUUUAAAAAUAUAAUCAAAUGAAAUAAUUAUUUGUGUAUCUAUAGAAAUGUAAUUUCCUGUUUUGAAUGAUAUGUAACAUAAAAAAAGUUUAAAAGUAUUAUUAUUUA